UUCGAUGCUUUGCGUUCUCGUGGACUGGUCUGCGCACUGCCAACAGCCUGUGCGACAAUGACGAGUGCAAUAGAGCGAGGAGCAGGCAUCGGACAAAAGCAAGGCGAUUCACGAAUGCCAUGUCUGGACAAUGCAUGGCUCUCUCCCAACCUCCUGUUACCGGAGGGAGAGGAAGCCUCCGAGGGUCUUAAAUUUACGGGUGUCUGUGCUGUUGCAAUCCCGCCUCGUCAUCCCCUCAUUCCUCUUCCCAAUUUCUCCGACGGAUCUGGAUGCCCUAGUGAUCACUGCCCAGUCUACUUCGAUCUGGCUUUCCACGAUGUUGGUUGUUCGACACCGCCUCCAUGA